CGCUCCCAUGCGGCAGGGGGCAGUGUGCACCUCAGCUUCAUUUGGAGUCACGAACAGCUGACACCGCAAAGAAGAAGUUCAUCCUGCCGUUGACAGGGGACGAGAAUAUGAGGAGCCUUGAUCUAAUGCCGACCGAGGAGAACUGACCAGUACUUUUUACGCUAUGGAGACUUUAGUUGACGUCCUAAACGUAUUCCACAUUAGGACUAGUGGAUGGUCUGUGACGCUCAGUCUCUCUCUCGUCUUUCUGGGUCUUCUCUACUGGUAUUCAAUUUUCCCCUAUUCAGUCCUUUCUCGAUGUGGAAUCAAGCAUCCAAAGCCAGUGCCUUUCUUGGGAAACAUAUUCAUGUUCCGCCAGGGUUUUUUCAACCCAAUCAAUGACCUCAUCAAGACACAUGGCAGAGUUUGUGGUUAUUAUUUGGGCCGGCGCCCGGUGGUGGUGAUAGCGGACCCCGACAUGCUGAGACAGGUGAUGGUCAGGGACUUCAGCAGCUUCACCAACAGAAUGACUCUCCGCUUCGCUUCCAAGCCCAUGACCGACUGUCUGCUCAUGCUGAGGAAUGAACGCUGGAAGAGGGUGCGGAGCAUCCUGACCCCGUCGUUCAGUGCUGCCAAGAUGAGAGAGAUGGUUCCUCUGAUCAACACAGUCACCGAUUCCUUGAUGAGCAAUUUGAAUGUCUCCGCUGAGUCACGAGAGGCCUUUGACAUCCACAAGUGUUUUGGCUGCUUCACCAUGGACGUUAUUGCCAGCGUGGCAUUUGGAACUCAGGUGGACUCUCAGAAGAACCCAGAUGACCCGUUUGUCCGACAUGCACAGAUGUUCUUCUCCUUUUCCUUCUUCAGGCCCAUCAUGCUCUUCUUCAUUGCUUUUCCAUUCAUCACGGCUCCUCUGGCAAGAUUCCUGCCCAACAAAAGACGGGACCAGAUGAAUCACUUCUUCAUCAACAUCAUUCAGAAGAUCAUCAAGCAGAGGGAGGAGCAGCCGGCUGAAGAGCGGCGCAGAGACUUCCUCCAGCUGAUGUUGGAUGCUCGGACCAGCAAGGAGUGUGUGUCUCUGGAGCACUUUGAUUCGGCGACCCACGCCGCGGAUCAGCAGGCGCAGCCGGCGGCCUCGGAUCAGGACGACCGCCUCCCCCCACAGGAGCCCUCCUCCAGGCGUCCUCAGAAGAAGAUGAUAACCGAGGAUGAGAUUGUGGGUCAGGCCUUUGUGUUUCUUCUGGCGGGCUACGAAACCAGCAGCAACACGUUGGCCUUCACCUGCUACCUGCUGGCCAUCAACCCCGAAUGUCAACGCAAAGUACAGCGAGAAGUGGACGAGUUCUUCAGCAGACACGAGUCACCAGAUUACACAAAUGUCCAGGAGCUGAAGUAUUUAGACAUGGUUAUAAGUGAAACGCUGCGCCUCUACCCUCCUGGAUUCAGGUUCGCAAGAGACAUCGAUCAGGACUGUGUGUUGAACGGCCAGUUCCUCCCUAAAGGAGCCACGCUGGAGAUCCCAGCGGGCUUCCUCCACUACGACCCGGAGCACUGGACGGAGCCGGAGAGGUUCAUCCCCGAGCGAUUCACACCGGAGGCCAAGGCCAGUCGACAUCCAUUUGUAUACCUGCCGUUCGGGGCCGGUCCCCGGAACUGUGUUGGAAUGAGGCUCGCCCAACUGGAAAUCAAAAUGGCUCUAGUGCGUCUGUUCCACAGGUUCAGCAUCGUGGCCUGCUCAGAGACCAAGGUUCCUCUUGAGUUGAAGUCUUCAAGCACUCUGGGACCUAAAAACGGCAUAUUUGUGAAAAUUCAACGCAGAGACCUGAGCGAAGGUCGAGUGAAUUCUCCACCCGACGAUUAGAGACUCAUCAUCCCGGACGGUGGGGAGAAGCCUUUGAACACACACACAAAGCAUUCUGCACGUCCAUGUUGUGACCGUUGUUGGGUUCUGAGGCCCAAGGGAGACCAAAAACCCUCUUUUGGGGAAAGAUUGGAGAAAUCCAUAAAAGAUGGCAAUUAGCUUCUGUCCCCAGGUUUUAACAUCACAUCAUGACAGGAUGUUAACGUGUACAGUAUUUAUAUGAUUUACAUGACUAUAAAUUGUUAUUGACUAUAAGGCAUUCACUUUAUUUAACAUACAAAUGUAAUAUCUACUAUCUAACAUCACACAAACUCCAAUUCUACACUAAACAUCGCUACAUGUAACAUUCUUCCCACCGCUAGGUGUGCACUUCUACCGUGACACGCUGUGUCAGUGUUAAGAAUCUGUUUCUUUUUCAAAAUGUUUUCAUAGGAAACAUGGUCAAGUAAAUUACAGGUUACUAUACACCUCACUCAAAGAGCUCUUCUUGAGUUUGAGGGGACCGAGAAUGAGACAAGAAUGAAGAAAAAGGAGGGAAUCAAGGGUUAGAAGUGUGCAUGUAGCAAUAUAGAUGAUUUUGAUUAGGGCUAAGUCAUUAAAAGGCUUAUAUAACUCAAAGUAAUUUCAUCAACCUUUAUCUCAACAAUGUUUUUAGUUUUGUUGCACUGUACAUCAAAUCUGUCACCUGAACAUGCACUUUCCUUCAUUUAAUGUCAGUUUUACUAUGCUCUUUACUACCUCUGCCUCCCAUGAAUGAUGGUUAAUUAGCUAUAUAAUUAACCACCAUUCAUACAAUCCCUGAUGUCGAAGAUUGGUAGAGACACGGGUAGAUGGGUAGUGCUGUCAUGUCUGUCUUUUAAUCUUCUCAGAUGGUAAAUGGACUGUAAGCGCUUUAACACUAAGAUGAAAGCUGCUCUUUGAAGAGGUGAUUCUUUCACAGGAUAGGAAAUCCUCUUGUUUUCAUACCUGAUGAAGUCAGCGUUUUUCAAAUGUCUUAGAAUCAGAAAUUCAACCUCAAAGGGUGGCAGUGAAAGCAUUUUAUCCCGUUUCUCUUGAUUAACUCAUUCAUGAUCCUUCAGGGAGGAAAUCUGCAACGUACUGAAAAGAAAAAUGUCAUAACUUUUUAUGAUAUAGGUUUAUAAAUCUUACUGUGGACUUUAACCAGUGUUUAGAGUUUUUCUGAGAUGCUUCAGAGUUGCAGCUCUGAAUUCAUUGUUGGAAUGCAUUGAUGCAUUGAUGCAGUCCAUAAACUUUUUAACAUGGUUUUCAAAUGGAGUUUGUUUUCAAAUCCUCUUAAACUUUCAACAUUUUCAGCUCCGCCAUUCUUUCAGCUAAAAAGACAUACAUUUAGAAAAAUACAAAGCGGAGAAAAACAGCAAAUGGUAGCACGUGAGAAGCUGGGGCCACAGACUGUGUGGCAGUGAAACAAACUGUUCAUUGGUUAUGAAAAUAUUUACUGAUUAUUGCUGCAGCUCUAAAAACUAAAGUGUAAAGCUGACGUCACGUGCCGGACUGUUCCCUCUUGUCAAUGCUGAAUGAACUUGCUCCAGUUACAGGUAUCCAACUCUUGGCAAUAAUAAAAUGUACAUGUGACUGUUGCUUUAUAGUCAAGCAAGAA